GCUGUGAGUUCUGAUGCCCCUAGAGUCUUAGAGUCCCUUCCGUCCCGGAAGCCCGCUUACCGAGGCCGAGGUGGAGAACUGGGGGCAGGUCCUCCCUCCCACUACGGGGAACACCGCUCCCCGCAGCCCUGAGCCCCAGGAGAAUGGCUCUGGAGGAGGGCGGGAGACUGUCCGAACUGCGGGCACGAGUUGGGGCUUCGCAUGGCAUCACCGAUCUGACCUGCAAGCUUCACUUUUAUGACCAGUGGGCCCAGGACUAUGACCAGGAUGUGGCCAUGCUGCAGUACCGUGCCCCCCGCCUCGCAGUGGAUUGCCUCACCCGUGCCCUGCCGGGCCCACCCCAUGACGCCCUGAUCUUGGAUGUGGCCUGUGGCACUGGCCUGGUGGCUGUAGAGCUGCAGGCUCGGGGCUUCCUCCAGCUGCAUGGAGUGGAUGGGAGCCCGGGGAUGCUGGAACAGGCCCGGGCCCGUGGCCUCUACCGGCGCCUCAGCCUAUGUACGCUGGGUCAGGAGCCUCUGCCCAGCUCUGAAGGGACCUUUGAUGCGGUACUGAUGGUGGGUGCCCUCAGUGAUGGCCAGGUGCCCUGCAGUGCCAUACCUGAGCUCCUGAGAGUUGCCAAGCCAGGUGGGCUGGUAUGUCUGACCACCAGGACGAACCCAUCCAACCUUCGGUACAAAGAAGAACUGGAGGCUACCCUGGACAGGUUGGAGCAAGCUGGGGCGUGGGAACGCCUGAUGGCCUGGCCGUGGAGCAGUGGGAACUGGCCACCUCCAAGCUUGAGGUGGGACCUGGCACUUCUGACAGCGAUGGCUUCAUCUCCGGGAUUGUCUACCUGUACCGCAAGCAGGAGGCAGCCUGGGCCGAGGGAGUGAGGCCCAGUGCCUAGCCCCCAGCCGGCCUCAGCCAGGGGGUCCCUGCGCCUGCUCUGCUUCACCUGUAAAACGGGACCACGCCUCCCACCCUGCGCAUGCCCAUUAAAGGAGCCUCCCUAGAGGGGCAGCAGGACUCUG